AUGUGCCGCAACGUCGCGGUGCCUAUGAUGGAGCGGCUGGUGAAGCCAUGGCGGUUCUGCCGCGGGCUUUGUCGCCGAACAGUUCGGCCCAAUGUCCCUUUCGUGCUCUGCAUCAGCUCUUGCAAGGAUCACGAGUCAGCCAUAGACACGAGGAAAGUCUCCAUGACCAAGAUGCUGGUCGAAGUUCUAGAGGCCUCCGAGAGCCCCUCGUUGGCGGAGCUGCUCACUAGCGUCCGCAGAGCCAAGCUUGCCUCCGCGUACGAGGCCCAGUGCACGAAGCAUUGGAAGAGGAAGGCACAGAAAGCGGGCAUCGGCGGUCUCCUGCUUCUGAUCCCGCUCGCCUGGUUCAAGCUAGCGCCCGACAAUUUUUGGACCUUUCUACUACACGGCGAGGAGGUCCCGCGCUACCCUAAGCUUGCUUCUGUUCAGAUGACAUCGAACCUCCCACGGCCAACUGCCGUCGAGAAAUUCAAGCUCUAA